AUGGAGCCUCUGGAGACCCCCGUCAAGGACGGCAUCCUCUACCAGCAGCACAUCAAGUUCGGCAAGAAGUCCUGGCGGAAGGUAUGGGGUCUACUCUAUGCAGGAGGCCCCUCGGGCGUGGCCCGGCUAGAGAGCUGGGAGGUCCGGGAUGGUGGCCCAGGGCCAGCAGGUGACAGGUCUGCGGGGCCUGGCCGGAGGGGAGAACGGAGGAUCAUCCGCCUGGCUGACUGCGUCUCUGUGCUACCGGCUGAUGGUGAGAACUGCCCCCGGGACACUGGUGCCUUCCUGCUCACCACCACGGAGCGAAGCCACCUGCUGGCCGCAGAGCACCGCCAGGCAUGGAUGGGACCCAUCUGUCAGCUGGCCUUCCCGGGCACAGGGGAGAGUUCCUCAGGAUCUGGGGAGGUAGACGCUCGGCAGAGGAACCUGGUCCCCAUGGAGGAGAACUCCAUCUACUCUUCCUGGCAGGAAGUGGGUGAGUUCCCGGUGGUGGUGCAGAGGACGGAGGCAGCCACCCGCUGCCAGCUGAAGGGGCCCUACCUCCUGCGGCUGGGCCAGGACGCUAUCCAGCUGAGCGAACCAGCCAACCCGCAGGCGCUCUACACCUGGCCCUACUGCUUCCUGCGAAAGUUCGGCUCCGACAAGGGCGUGUUCUCCUUUGAAGCCGGCCGCCGCUGCGACUCGGGCGAGGGCCUCUUCGCCUUCAGCAGCGCCCGCGCCCGCGACCUGUGCGGGGCCUUGGCCGCCGCCAUCGCCCGCCAGCGGGAGCGGCUCCCGGGGCCCCGGCCCUGCCCUCUGCCGCGGGCCACCUCGCUGCCCUCGCUGGAGCCUCCAGGCGAGCUGCGGGAGGGGCUCCGGCGGCCCGAGGGGCCCGGCUCGCGGAAGAUGCGCGCGGCCGAGCCCGGGCCACAGAGCCUGCCGCCGCUGCUGGGCCCCGCGGUCUCCGAGGAGCCGCCGGCAGUGCUCUACGCGUCCGUGUGCAAGCGGGCCAGCGGGCCCCCGAGCGCCGCCGCCGAACACCUGUACGAGAACUUGUGCGCGCCCGACGCCGCCUGCCGGGAGCUGGUGGAAGAGGGCCCGGGCGGCGGCAGCUCCCCGGACAGCCCCAUCUACCACAACAGCCAGGACCUGGGCUGGCCCGGCGCGGCCCACGACAGCAGCCUGGAGGCCCAGUACCGGCGCUUGCUGGAGCUGGAGCUGGCGGAUAACGGCGACGAGGCCGCGGGGUCUGGCCGCCCGGGUGCGCACUCAGGCUUCAAGGCCAAGCUGGUGACGUUUCUGAGCCGAGAGCGAAAGAAGGGCCCGGCCCCCUGCGACCGGCCCUGA